UAGCUAAUAGCCAGCCCAGAUCCGCCCACGUGGUAUCACAUGGCCCUAUUCUUCCUUCAUUUCUUGAUUCUUUUAUUCUCGUCUGACGUUUCCUCUCUUCUCUCCUGCUUUACUGAUCACUGCCCAGGAGACAAUACUAGCCUAUGCUUGACGAUAUGUCCACGCACGUAUCAAGCUUGCUUUAGGAACACCACCUUCCCUCCCUCCCUCCAUUUUGAAAGGCUACCUAGACUGGGUUGCAGUAGACUGGAUUGUAGGAUCAGUUGUGAUUACGAGGAGUAUGACAGUGAUGAGGGCGGGGAGUAUUGCUGCUGUACUUCUAAUUAUUGUAACGAAGAGACUGCACUAGCUCAUCUCAUUAAACCUAAAUUUAAUUAUCACCUACCCCCUCUGGAUCGGGCAUCAGUACCGAAGUCAGAUAAACUCAUGUGUGAAUUUUAUGACUGUACCACAGAGAAGGAUGGUAACUGCAUUCAUCAAUACAAAACAUGUCUUGACUGCCCGAUUGGCUAUACCUGUACCUGCCAGACAGUUUAUAAAGCCAACAGGACAGCUAACAAACUCUACCUUUACUCCAAAGGAUGUGCUGUCAUAGCAACUGCUAAUAAAAAUGAUUUUAGAAUUAGUCCAGAGUGUUUUAUUAAUGUUAGUUAUGCUGGGCCACUGUUUGAUGAAUAUGUGUGUUACUGUGACAGGACUAUGUGUAAUGUGAAUGAGACAGUACUGCAUCCUACAAGAUUGAUGUCUUAUGGUGUGAGAGAGUGUAUUGAGCGUGGUUGUGAAUAUUCUUGUCAAGUUAUCAAGAACAGGCUAUGGUGCUUAUGCCCUCCAGGAUUGAGAACGACUUUUGGAUUGUACUGUUAUGAUGUUAAUGAAUGUAUAGUAGCUAAUGGUGGCUGUGAUCACUUAUGUAUCAACACAAGAGGCAGUUAUCAUUGUGAGUGUUACAAUGGCUACAUACUUGACACCGCCUCAAGGAAAUGCAUUAGGACUUCUAGUGCAUUCUAUUGCUCGUCUUACUACAGUAUUGAUAUACCAAUUAAAAACAUUACUAAGAGUGAUAUUGGAAGGGAGCCUUGUGUAACAGGAUCAUGUUAUGCUCAGUACAGAUAUGAUGAUGAGGAGAAGAACUGGUACCUCUCUGCACUGACGUGUGGUCGCUUUCCAACGAGUUCUACUGAUACUCUACCAUCUUGUUCUAAUCCUCAAUGUGAGCUCAAGGAACUUGAGCAGAUUCCGAACAUGUAUCACUGUUGCUGCAGUAGUCUCAAUUGUAACAACAUUUCCCUGAUUCACUUUAUGACCAGUUCUACUAGCACUAGUACAACGGCUACUGUACCUACAUUAACAAUCACUGGUACUUCUGAUGCUAUUGGUAUAAUUGGGUUUUGGACAGUUAUUGUUGUCUUUGUUUUACUAUUGAUAGUCUGUAGUUUGUUCCUAGUAAUGACCACAGCGCUCAUCAUAAAAUGGAAGAGAAACAUGAGGACCCAACCUCCUACCAAUAACCUACAAAUGUCAACCUUACCAGACAGAAAUAAUAAACUUGAUUAAUAACUAAAAUCUAAUAAUGGAAACACUGUUUCUACAUGAAAUAUAUUUUAAUGAUCAAGUUGUGUAGUAUUUGUUUAAUUUUAAA